AUGAUCAACCUGGCGCGUAAUCUCAGAUUCCUGCCAUACUGUCCCACUCAUCUUUCUAUCCGCCAUCACUGCUUCAUUCCAACCUUUUUCUUUCUUGACUGCUCAUCCAAACUCAUUAUCUUUUCAUUUUUUCUCGCUCUUUUCUUUUAUUCUUGUGUGUACUUAUUGUUUAACUGCCUUCCCUUGAUCUAUAUUUUGUGCUCUCUCUCUUCCUUUUCUUCCUUUUAUUCGCUUAUUGACGGUAAACUUUGUUCUUUUUCUUUUAAUCUCUUCCUUUUUCAAUUACCUUUCCUUUUUACUCAAUAUUUUUUUCUUUUUUUCUUUUUACAAACUUUUCUUCUUUUCUUUUUCUUAAAUUUCAUAAACGUUUCUUUCUUUCAGUUUCGAUCUUAUAUUUCUUUCCCUCUAAGCAUUUUCUUAUCUUUGUAUCUCCCUAUUUUUUUCUUCUUUUUUCCUUCUUCUUUGUCUAUUCCAGCCAUUUCAAAAACAGCUUCGCGUUCUCUUCCGUAUCUCAAAAGUUGGAAGUCGGAAGCACGGCUGGAUAUUUUCAUUCACCACCCGAUGGCAAACUAUUCUAUUCAUCUUGCGAAUCUAUUAACUCAUCUAUCUAUUAACUCAUCUAUCUAUCUAUCUAUCUAUCUAUCUAUCUAG